UGAUGUUCGGCCAUUCGCCCGACGCUGACAGGAACCAGGAAACUUUGGGCUGUCAGAAAGCAGUAUUGUAUCGCUCUGGGCAGACUACACAGGAAUUAACCCUGGAUAAAAUUUAAUAUUAAGUUAACGAAAAGCCACUGGCCAUUAUUGUAAAUGACUAAAACCAUGUCAGGAGAGCCGAAAUUCGUCAGCCCCUUCCACAGACCCCACUGUCUGUCUGCAGCUGCGCCCGCUGGAAAAGCAAAACUAACUCACCCGGGAAAAGCCAUUUUAGCAGGUGGAAUUGCAGGAGGGAUUGAAAUCUGCAUCACUUUCCCGACAGAGUAUGUGAAGACCCAGCUGCAGUUAGACGAGAAGGCGAACCCACCACGCUACAGAGGGAUCGUUGACUGCGUGAAGCAGACAGUGCAGGGUCAUGGGGUAAAAGGUCUGUACAGGGGCCUCAGCUCGCUACUCUAUGGCUCCAUCCCCAAAGCUGCUGUGAGGUUUGGGAUGUUCGAGUUCCUCAGUAACCAGAUGAGGGACGAGUCUGGGAAACUGGACAGCACCCGAGGCCUGAUCGCUGGCCUGGGAGCUGGUGUAGCCGAGGCCAUAGUUGUGGUGUGUCCAAUGGAGACAAUAAAGGUUAAAUUUAUUCAUGACCAGACCUCAGCAAACCCUAGGUACCGGGGCUUUUUCCAUGGCGUGAGGGAAAUAGUCAGAACCCAAGGACUUAGAGGAACGUAUCAGGGAUUGACGGCGACAGUAUUAAAGCAAGGAUCCAACCAGGCCAUUCGCUUCUUCGUUAUGACCUCCUUGAGAAACUGGUACAAAGGUGACAACCCUAACAAAACCAUUAACCCGUUGGUGACUGGACUUUUCGGAGCCAUAGCCGGGGCUGCCAGCGUGUUUGGAAACACACCGCUUGACGUCAUUAAGACUCGAAUGCAGGGCCUGGAGGCGCACAAAUAUAAGAGCACUGUGGACUGUGCCGUGAAGAUUAUGAAACAUGAAGGCCCAGCAGCGUUUUACAAAGGCACUGUUCCGAGACUGGGGCGAGUGUGCUUGGACGUGGCUAUCGUGUUCAUCAUCUAUGAAGAGGUGGUGAAGGUUCUGAACAUAGUGUGGAAGACGGAUUAAUGCUGAGAGUGCAGCUCAUGGAACACGGGCAGACCUUCCUAACGUUGCAGUGUCACGAGGAAAGCGAGAGAUGAUGUCAGUAGGGCAAAGCGACAUCACACCAGCUGUGAACGUGUUUAAGUUCCCUUAUAUAAUUACAACCAAGUAAAAAACAAAAAAAAAUUCCCCCAAAUAUGUGAUGUAGAAAAAUACUUGAAAAUUUAGUCAAAGAGGAAAAAAAAACAUUGAAUGCUCCAUGGUAUGGUUUCAGUAAUGGAGUGUUUGAAAAGCCAAAUGCUUUAUACUGUGGAGGGAUAAAAGUGGCUUUUUAAUAACAUUUUUUUUUAAGUGUCAUGGUUUUGUUUCUAGUAUUUUAACAAUUUUUAUUUUACAUUUCUAACUGACAAAACUCAUGAAUCUGAUUACUUUGUUAUAGUUUUUUUCUGAUCAGUUGGUGUUUUCUCAUGUAAAGACACUAAAUAUGUAUGCAGUGGUGAAGACAGAAAAAUAACAACAAUUUUUUCAUUAAGCAGAAGUGCAGCAUGUGUUAAAGCCAUAAAAAAGGUUUGUUGAGGGUUAAUCCAAAAAUGACAAAUAUUAUUAUUAUUAUUAUUAUUAAAAAUGUUAAUAAUAAUAGUUUAUAAUAGUAAUUAAUGUUUAUAAUAAUGCAAAAUAAUAAGGCUAAAAUCUAACUGGUAAUUAUUAUUAUUAUUAGUGUAAUUACACUUAAAACUUAUUCAUGCACUAAACAACAACAACAAUAAUAAUAAUAAUAAUAAUAAUAAUAAUAAUAAUAAUAAUAAUAAUAAAAUCUGAUUCUAAUUAAGCACUCUAAGCAAGAAUGAGUUUUCUGUGGGGUUAUACCGUAGUUUGAAUGAUUAUUAUUUUUUUCUUUUUAAGAUUAAUCUAAUCUAGACAGGUUCUUGGAUCCAAAGACACACAGAACAUUGAAGCAUCCUGACACACCACCAAAGCCUUUACCUCCCAGAAACACACAUUCCUCAGUAUCUUCAGUAAAUACAUGCACUUUCAAAACCUUAACAGAUUUGGUACUAAUUAAAGAGAAGUAAUGAAUUUACUUUUAAGUGCCUGACCAGUAUUUACUAGUGCUAGUGAUCAGUGUGUAGCUUUUUUUCAGAAACCUUUGCCAGGAACAAUGAUGCCAAGUUGUUGUUUUGUUUUUUUUUAUUAUUAUUUUUGUGAGGCCAUGUUUAGUCAAAACUAGAUGUGUGUGUGCUCUAGAAUAUUUUAUUAUUUUAAUGUUGUUAAUGUUAAAAUGAUAAGAUUUCUAAAAAUGAUGCCCCUCCUCCCAAAAAUGUUUGGUGUGAAAAGCUGUCCGUGGAUCUGAAAUUGCCUUAAAAUUGUUCCUUUUUGAGUGCCAUCGUCAGAUUUAUCACUUUCCUACCUCAAGAAAUUCCCCCAGAAUCCAUAGUGUCAAGAGGGAAACAUUCAGUGUAAAGAAACCGUCUCUGUCUCAGUGUCUCCCCUACUUAUGUUGCAUAUAUAAUACACUAUAUACAUAUACAAACUUCAAUAUCUUGGGCGUAUGUAAAAAAAAAAAUUUAAAAAAUAAAAUAAAAUACCAUUUUGGUGUCAUGAUGCAGAAGCAAAUGCAGAAACGUAGAUGUUUGUGCUACUUAAUGUUGUAAGUGAUAUGGGAGCAUAACACUGUGUUUAGUCUUUGUGUUAAAGAAAACUAUUUGUGCCUAAGUAAUAUAUGGAUGUCUGCUGUAUUAAAAUGUUUAUAACUUAAACACGGAUGUUGUAUUGAGUAUUAGUGUUUUAUUCUGGUUGCUAACUCUUUGCUCUUGUACAUCUGUUAUGUUUCCAUCUAUGACCCAUCUUUAUUUCAUGGUUUCAAAGUCUAGGAGAGCUUGGAGUGAUAUCAGAUAUCAUUGUAUCUGGUUAACAGUGAUAAGGAAAUACUGUUUUCGUUGUUCAUCCAAAACUGAAAACAUUUACACCUUUUUAUUAUACUGACAAGUUUAUUUUUUAUUAAUCAUAAAAUGUGCCUUUAAAUUAUGUUCUUAAUUUUCAAUAAAUCUUGGUGGCUGGA